AAUCGCUAGUCUCUGCUCGUCGUCCCGGUCCCCGCACGUCGUCCCGGUCCCCGCACAGCGGCCGGCCGGCCCCGGGAGGAUGAGCCGCAUCUACCAGGACAGCGCGCUCCGGAACAAGGCGGUGCGGAGCGCACAGCUGCCCGGCGCCUGGGAGCCGGCCGCCCACCAGGGGGGAAGUGGUGUCCUGCUGGAGGGAGAACUGGUCGAUGUGUCUCGGCACAGCAUCUCGGACGCCCAUGGCAGGAAGGAGCGCUACUACGUGCUGUAUGUCCGGCCCAGUCGCAUCCAUCGCCGGAAGUUCGACCCCAAGGGAAAUGAAAUCGAGCCCAACUUCAGUGACACCAGGAAGGUGAACACUGGCUUCCUCAUGUCAUCCUACAAGGUGGACGCCAAGGGGGACACGGACAGACUCACGCUCGAGGCACUGAAGGAGCUGGUGAAUAAGCCGGCGCUGCUCGCCCUGACGGAGAGCCUCACGCCCGAGCAGACCGUGGCCUUCUGGAUGCCCGAGUCGGAGAUGGAGGCCCUGGAGCUGGAGCUGGGGGCCGGGGUUCGGCUGAAAACCCGAGGCGACGGCCCCUUCCUGGAUUCAUUAGCCAAGCUUGAGGCUGGAACAGUGACCAAGUGUAAUUUCGCUGGCGAUGCAAAGACGGGGGCAUCGUGGACCGACAACAUCAUGGCCCGAAAGUCUUCCGAGGGGACCACGGCGGAGACCCGAGAGCAGGGGGACGGGGCAGAGGAUGCGGAGUGGGACGACUGAGGUUCCUGGGAGAAGCGGGGUCCCCGGGGCUCACCCGCGCUGAGAAUGUCUUCCAUCGACUUCCAUUCUGGAGUUCAAGGAUGAGCCCCGCAGCCUCACUCGCCUUGAACAAGCCGUGCGAAGACCAAAUCCACAACCACACCCUUAGCAGCAGGGCCCCCUGCCCUGGCUCACCGGGGGCCCUCCCUGAGUGGGAGUGGAGCCUCCUAGUGUCAUGACAACCACACCCUGAUGGCAGCAGUGUCUCUGGAGGCUAGCGGGGAGCGAGUGCCCCGCUCAGGCAGGGGAACUGGGGGCUUGGUCUUGGUGCAGAAUCGGGGGACAUCCCUCAUGUAUAUGCAAAGCGGCUCAGAGGGGGAGCUGGCAGGCUCCUUCCUCUGCCCUGGUCUUUUCCGCUUUCCUCCCUCGCCUUCCCUCCCUGGUGCUCUGGGCUGCGGUCUCUGCUCUCCUGCUCAGUCCUCCUGUCCCCAGCGCCCCUUUCUCUCCCAGAAGCUGCCAGUUCUCUAUUCCUCCCCGGUUCUCUGCCACUUUGGGGGUUCCUGCCUCCUGGCCUCCCUGGCUGCUUGGCUGGGGAUGCUGUGCCCAGAUGUGGCUGGCUGGUCCCCACCUCGCAGACACACUCUGUCAGGACACAUUUUUUAAAGCACCAUUUUUUUUCUUUAUCUUUUUUAAACGAAGCAUUUUUUUAUAUUUUUAUUUCAGAGAGGAAGGGAGAGGGAGAGAGAGAUAGAAACAUCAAUGAUGAGAGAGAAUCAUUCAUCAGCUGCCUCCUGCACGCCCCCUACUGGGGAUGGAGCCUGCAACCCGGGCAUGUGCCCUGACCGGGGGUCGAACCCGUGACCUCCUGGUUCAUAGGUCGAUGCUCAACCACUGAGCCACGCCGGCUGGGCGAUAGCGCCUUUUUUGUUGUUGUUCUGUACCUUGGGACCUUCUUUAUAAACGAGUGAAUCUUCAGAAAAGGA